AUCAAUCUAUUUAUGAUUACUGUGUGAUUACUAAAGAGUAUAAAGAAUAUCUUUGGUUUUCAAAAAAUUAUGCUAAUAUACCUCAUCACACUGGUAUAUUUCUAGAUAAAGAAAUUAUCAAGAUUAUUGAAGAUAUUGGUUCUGAAAAAAUAGCUGUGGUUGUAUCUGAUAAUGGGGCAAAUGUUCAUAUUAUACAAAGAACUCUUUCUUGA